UUUACUCACCUUUUUCAGCUAUGUUUCUUACGCCAGUGAUUUUUCAUCAAUAAUUUCAAUGGCAUGCUCAAUCCUUAUUUUUUCUUAGUUAAAUGCGUUCUUUGGGUACUAAUACGCACAAAAAAUGGUUUUGAGUGUUAAUUAACAAAUUGUAUUAUUUGACCUUUUUAAUUUCUUUGUUUCUUCUUCUCCCUGACAUACACGGAGCAACAGAGGUGCUGAACUUUUGUUUUUCAACUUCUGUUUUUCACUUAUGUGUUUUCCAAGCACAUCUUGAAAACCAUCCAGCAGGCAGACGCCAUUGUACAUUUUUGUGCACUCCAGUAAUCACAAUCCGGGCAUGUACGGCGUCGCAUUGAAGCCUCAGCUACUGCGGUCACUUCUUAGGGAAUACAUCCCAGACGAAAAACACUCCUUCAGAAACUCUUUGGACGUCUCUCACGCCGUAUCUGCCGUUAAAACUCAUCAUCUCCUCUGGGAAUGGGCCCCAUCUUCCACCGACCAAAAGCUCAGUGACGGCUGGAAGUCGGCCGUCGAUGCCUGGGUCAAUCGGGUCUCCGCCCUUGCUUCCAGCAGCAUGCCAGAUAAAUCCUGGGCUGGAAUAUGCUUGCUAGGAUUGACAAGUCAGGAAUGCAGUUCAGAGCGUUUUUUGGCUUCCUACUCAGAAUGGUUCAACAAGAUCUUGUCUCAUAUGCAGCCUCCUUCAGAUUCCCAUUUCGUGAGGGUCGCUUCUUGUGCCUCAAUGUCUGAUCUGUUCACAAGGUUGGGUGGAUUUCCUAAUGCGAAGAAAGAUGGGAAUUCGCAAGCCUCUAAGCUUAUUCAACCAGUACUGAAGCUAUUAAAUGAGGAUAGCUCUGAUGCCUUCUGGGAAGAAGCUAUCUCCUUAUUGUGCACACUUACAAAUGUUUUUCCUGCUUCUGUCAGCCGACACUACGAUGGUGUUGAAUCCUCUAUAUUUUCAAAAUUUGUGUCAGAGAAUUGUCCUGUCAGUAUAUUCAAGAAACUUGCUCAUGGCUUGGCCUUACUUCCAAAAUCCCGAGGAGAUGAGGAUAGCUGGUCACUGAUGAUGCAGAAGGUCUUAAUAUUCAUAAAUAAUCAACUAAAUGUUAUGUUCCAAGGUCUAGAAGAAGAGGCCAGAAGUAGUGAGGUAGUGAGGUUGUUACUUCCUCCAGGGAAGGACCCCCCACCUCCCUUAGGAGGGCUAACGGCAUCAGCAAAAAACUCAGAUCAGGCAAUGAAGAGGCCUGAACAAGUAUUAGUUUCAAGAGUCUCUACCCUGAUGACCUGCUGUUGCACAAUGCUUACUGAUGCUUAUCCCGUUCAGGUUUCUGUGCCUGUUCGUUCACUGGUAGCUCUUGUUAAGAGAGUGCUGAUGGUCGAUGGCUCAUUCUCACAAUCCUCCCCUUUUAUGACUGCCAUGAGACAGGACUUGAUUUGUUUAGAACUUCCUGAAUUGCAUAGGUGCAGCCUGGAGCUUCUGAGUUCUAAUGUAAAGGGACUUCGCAGUCAGUUGUUACCACAUGUGGCAGAUAUCACACGACUGCUAACAGAAUAUUUUAGGACAUGCGUCCUGCCAGAGCUAAGGAUUAAGGUUUACUCAAUUAUGAAAGUUUUGCUGAUGUCCAUGGGGAUUGGUAAGUAA